GAAUCUCUCAAGUCACUUGUCAAGCAACGAAUUGCUGUCCAACAAGAGAACAAGGAGAAUCCAGAAGUUUAUCCUAAGAAAAUUGCACAUACGUCUUCUCUCGCUAUUUACAAGGACAAUGCAUCAUCCUCUUGUCAGCACUGUGGAAUUGAUAAAUCAGCUAUCGGAAGAUCAGUUCGAAAGGCUCAUACAUCAGUUCAAACGUCUAAUGAACCUUCUAGUGACCUAAAGGAAAUGCUGUGUUCUGAAAAUGCGAGUCUUGAAUAUUAUAAACAGCUUGCCGAGCAACGAAGGGAGGCUCUUGUUGAAACACUAGCAGAAAACAAAGAGCUGUGUGAUCUCGUUGAAGUUCUACAGGCCGAGGUAACACGGUUAUCGAAGUAUGAAGAUCUGGCAAGAGCUUUUAUGUUUAGUGUACAGGAAGCUGAUGGCGUCGAACCAGAGAUGUUUUAA